CGUUGUUUUAUUUUAUUUUAUUUUGUCUUGUUUUGAUUUAGUAUAAAAAAAAAUUAUGGAAUCAUGCACUAAAUUCAAGAAUUCGCCAAAGUAUAUACCGCUUAAUGGAAUAGAAACAGAAGAAAUCAAAAGGUCUUGUAUACAACAGGGUAAACUUUACGAAGAUGCAGAAUUUCCACCGUUGUAUUCAUCGAUGUUCUUUUCACACAUACCAGAUAUGGAUAUAGAGUGGAAACGACCCCAUGAACUUUGUGCUGAACCGCAAAUGUUUAUAUGUGGUGCAGGCAGAGAUGAUGUAAAACAAGGAGUCCUUGGAAAUUGCUGGUUUCUUGCGUCAAUUGUAGCGCUGACGGUCCAUCCAAAAUUAUUUGUGAGGAUUGUUCCAAUAAAUCAAACAUUGGAUAUUCUCGAUAAACAAUACUGUGGACUUGUUGUUUUUCGAUUUUGGCAAUUUGGUAAAUGGGUUGAGGUUGUGAUCGAUGACCGUUUACCAACUUCGAAUGGUCGUCUUCUUUUUUUACAUUCGUGUGAACGUUCCGAAUUCUGGGCAGCUUUGCUAGAGAAAGCGUAUGCCAAGUUAUAUGGCUCAUACGAAGCACUCAAUGGUGGCAACGCAUGUGAGGCAAUGGAAGAUUUUACUGCUGGCAUAACACAGUCGUACAAUAUGGACAUUUCACCUCAAGAUUUAUAUACUGCUUUGUCAAAUGCCCUGUCUUGCGGUUCACUUGUGUGUUGUUCUAUUGAUCCUGACCCAAAUAUACGUGAAGCAGAAUUACCUAACGGACUCAUCGUGGGUCACUCUUAUACAAUAAGUGAUUGUAGACGGGUGGCCUCGGUGGUAUUAGUGCGUAUGCGAAAUCCCUGGGGUAAUGAAUAUAUGUGGAAAGGAGCUUUUUCUGAUCGAUCCCCCGAGUGGUCGUUAAUAUCGCCGGAAGAAAGGAUGGAAAUUGGACUUACAUUUGAUGAUGAUGGUGAAUUUUGGAUUCCAAUAAAUGAUGUGAUAUCAAAUUUCUCAUGCAUUGACAUAUGUAUGCUUCAACCAGCACCUACAUCCGGAACUGAAUCAAAUACUUGGACUUUAUUAAAACACCAUGGAACUUGGCAGCGUGGUGUAUCGGCGGGUGGCUGUCCAACAUUUAAGGACACCUUCUUUUUAAACCCCCAGUUCAGAAUAAAAGUAUCUGGGCGUAAUUGUUCAGACGAAUGCACUGUUGUAGUGGGUUUGAUGCAGAAGAACAGAAGAAAGAUAAAAAGUCUUUCUGAUCGACACAUUGGUUUUGUUAUUUACAAGAUACCAACAGAAACGAACAAGGAUUUUUUGGAUAAUGAACGUUUCAACAAAGAAUUCUUCGCAGGACACAAAUGGUGCUGUAAAUCGGAUAAAUUUACUAAUAAGAGAGAAUGCGUUUCAACAUUUUCGCUAUCAGCCGGAGAGUAUCUAGUAGUACCUUCUACGUAUAAAAGCGGGGAAGAAGGAGAAUUCCUUUUGCGAAUAUUUUUUAGAUAACGCUGAAUGAAUUCCAUAAAGCAAGUUUUGCUAAUGCAAAAUAACGCACGGUACCACCAUAACUUGGUGCUUUUUGUAAGAAAUUUUUUGUAAAAAUAUAAUUAUCCUUUUUA